CAGGCGCCAUGAUUACCUCCGCCGCUGGAAUUAUUUCACUUCUGGAUGAGGAAGAGCCAGAACUCAAGGAAUUUGCUCUUCACAAACUGAAUGCUGUUGUCAAUGACUUCUGGGCCGAAAUUUCUGAGUCUGUAGACAAAAUUGAAAUCCUAUAUGAAGAUGUGGGAUUCCGAAGUCGUGAAUUUGCCGCUUUGGUGGCUUCCAAAGUGUUUUAUCACCUGGGGGCCUUUGAAGAAUCGCUCAACUAUGCCCUGGGGGCUGGGAACCUCUUCAACGUCAAUGACAACUCUGAAUAUGUGGAAACCAUCAUUGCAAAGUGCAUCGACCACUACACCAAACAGUGCGUGGAGAAUGCUGAGCUGGCCGAGGGGGCCAAGAAGGCCGUCGAUCCGCGGCUGGAGGGGAUUGUGAACAAGAUGUUCCAGCGAUGCUUAGAUGAUCACAAGUACAAGCAGGCCAUCGGGAUUGCUCUGGAGACGCGCAGGCUGGAUAUCUUUGAGAAAACCAUUUUAGAAUCGAAUGAUGUUCCUGGGAUGCUGGCCUACAGCUUAAAACUCUGCAUGUCUUUGAUGCAGAAUAAGCAGUUUCGCAACCAAGUGCUGCGAGUUCUGGUUAAAAUCUACAUGAACCUGGAAAAGCCUGACUUCAUCAAUGUAUGCCAGUGCCUCAUUUUCUUAGACGAUCCGCAGGCCGUGAGCGACAUCUUGGAGAAACUGGUGAAGGAGGACAACCUCCUCAUGGCGUACCAGAUUUGUUUUGAUCUGUACGAAAGCGCCAGCCAGCAGUUCCUCUCUUCUGUGAUUCAGAACCUCCGGACUGUCGGCACCCCUAUUGCUUCUGUGCCUGGGUCAACUAAUACGGGGACCGUCCCUGGAUCAGAAAAAGAAGGUGACACCAUGGAGACGGAAGAGAAGGCGGGGAGCCCCAUUGCUGCUGGGAAGUCUGCCCAAAGUAACAAUCCCGAGUCAAAAGACCAGAUCCCCAAAAUGAUCAAAAUUUUAAGUGGUGAAAUGGCCAUUGAGUUGCACUUGCAGUUUUUAAUACGAAACAACAACACGGACCUCAUGAUUCUAAAAAACACAAAGGAUGCUGUGCGGAAUUCCGUCUGUCACACAGCAACGGUUAUAGCAAACUCCUUUAUGCACUGUGGAACAACCAGUGACCAGUUCCUUAGAGAUAAUUUGGAGUGGCUUGCCAGAGCCACCAACUGGGCCAAGUUUACUGCGACAGCCAGCCUGGGCGUCAUACAUAAGGGCCAUGAGAAGGAGGCUCUACAGUUGAUGGCGACAUACCUACCCAAAGACACAUCUCCAGGCUCGGCCUAUCAGGAAGGGGGUGGACUCUACGCCCUGGGACUCAUCCACGCCAACCACGGCGGCGAUAUCAUCGACUAUUUGCUGAACCAGCUGAAGAACGCCAGCAAUGAUAUUGUCCGCCAUGGGGGUAGCUUGGGCCUUGGCUUAGCUGCCAUGGGGACCGCGCGCCAGGAUGUGUAUGACCUUCUGAAAACAAACCUGUACCAAGAUGAUGCCGUGACAGGUGAAGCAGCUGGCCUGGCUCUCGGUCUAGUAAUGCUGGGAUCGAAAAACGCUCAGGCAAUUGAGGACAUGGUUGGCUACGCCCAGGAAACCCAGCACGAGAAGAUCUUGCGGGGCCUGGCGGUUGGGAUCGCCUUGGUGAUGUACGGGCGAAUGGAGGAGGCAGAUGCCCUCAUCGAGAGCCUCUGCAGAGAUAAGGAUCCAAUCCUCCGUCGUUCGGGAAUGUAUACGGUUGCGAUGGCAUACUGUGGCUCAGGGAACAACAAAGCAAUCCGACGCCUUUUGCAUGUGGCUGUUAGUGACGUCAAUGAUGAUGUGAGAAGGGCAGCCGUGGAGUCACUGGGUUUCAUUUUGUUCAGGACUCCUGAACAGUGUCCCAGUGUGGUUUCAUUGUUGUCAGAAAGCUAUAACCCCCAUGUCCGUUACGGGGCAGCCAUGGCCUUGGGGAUCUGCUGCGCUGGUACUGGAAAUAAGGAAGCAAUUAAUUUGCUGGAGCCCAUGACCAACGAUCCCGUGAACUAUGUGCGUCAGGGGGCGCUGAUUGCAUCUGCCCUUAUCAUGAUCCAGCAGACAGAGAUCCUCUGUCCAAAGGUCAGCCAGUUCAGACAGCUGUAUUCCAAAGUCAUCAACGAUAAGCACGAUGAUGUCAUGGCCAAAUUUGGAGCGAUCCUAGCCCAAGGCAUCCUGGAUGCAGGCGGCCACAACGUCACCAUUUCUCUGCAGUCGCGGACCGGGCACACGCACAUGCCCUCGGUGGUCGGCGUUCUGGUCUUCACCCAGUUCUGGUUCUGGUUCCCCCUCUCUCAUUUCCUGUCGCUGGCUUUCACCCCCACCUGUGUCAUCGGCCUCAACAAGGACCUGAAGAUGCCAAAAGUGCAGUACAGAUCCAAUGUCAAGCCUUCCACUUUUGCCUACCCAGCCCCCUUGGAGGUGCCGAAGGAGAAGGAGAAAGAAAAGGUGUCCACUGCUGUGCUGUCCAUCACCGCAAAAGCCAAGAAGAAGGAGAAAGAAAAGGAAAAAGAGAAGAAAGAGGAGGAGAAAAUGGAAGUGGAGGAGACCGAAAAGAAAGAGGAGAAAGAGAAGAAGAAGGAGCCCGAGCCUUCCUUCCAGCUGCUCGACAACCCAGCCCGGGUGAUGCCUGCCCAGCUCAAGGUCCUCAGCAUGCCGGAGAGCUGCCGCUACCAGCCCUUCAAGACCCUUUCCAUCGGAGGCAUCAUCGUCCUGCGAGACACCAGCGAGGACACCGAAGAGCUGGUUGAGCCAGUGGCAGCGCACGGGCCAAAGAUCGAGGAAGAAGAACAGGAGCCGGAGCCCCCAGAGCCGUUUGAGUAUAUCGACGAUUAG